AUGUCGCAGAAGGCUCUCAACAGCAAGGAUGGACGGAAGAAAGUGCUGAUCGUCGGUGCAGGUGCUGCUGGUAUGGCCGCAGCCCAUCACCUAUCCAACCAUCCUGAUAAGUUCAACGUCAACUUGGUCGAUGCUGUCGACUACUGUGGAGGCCAGGCCUUCUCCAUGCCGCUGGACAAAGAGAAACAUGGGGCCAGUUGGUUCAAUCAGGGCGUUCAAGGAGGCAGCUCAAUAUUCCACCAUACCUUGACAAUGUUCGCGCGGCAAGGAUAUCAUGCCGAUCCAGUCAAUCUUCAGGUCUCUUUUGGUCGUGGCGACAACUUCUGGACUAACGUUUUCCCGACUCAGUUUAUUGCAAAGCAUCAGAAAGAGGUCAAGAAGCUCAACUUCGUGUUACGGUUCAUGAGGUGGUUCGAGGUCUUCUUCAUGUUGAUACCGAUGAAAAUCUUUUUCAGACUGUUCCUUUUCUCGACAGAGUUUGUCAACAACGUUGCUCUCCCAAUGACCGCAUUGUUCCUUGGGACUGGCAAUGCGACCCCCGAGGUACCUACGAUCAUGCUUGAGCGCCUCACCACCAGUCCUACGUACGGCAUGUGGUAUCCGUCGGAUAAGCUCAGUGUCGCCAGCAAUCUUCCACCCAUGGUCGUCUUCCCUAAUUUCUCCAACUUCUACGAGACGUGGCGCAAGGACCUCCUGUCUCGCGGUGUCAACGUGCGACUAUCGACCGAAGUGGUUGGCAUACUCAAGCGCGACAAGACUGGCGUAAUCGUGUCAUUGAAGAAACGGACGCCCGCGCUCGACGGGCACAACCCAAACGACGGUGACCUCGAUGCUCCGAUGUUCGAGGAGCACUACGAUGAAGUCAUACUCUGCGGUCUUGCAGAUACGAACAAACGCCUUCUCGGCAAGACAGCUUCGUUCCGUGAGAAGCGUGUGCUCGGCUCCGCGAAAUUCUCUGACGAUAUUACUGUCACCCACAAUGACGCUGGGUACAUGAAGAAGCACUACCAAAAUUUCUUUGACGACAACGUUGCUGUCACAUCACUUUCGGGUGUUGACCAGUCGAAACGAGUCGAGUACGGCAAGAACAAUUUCAGGCCCAUGUACUAUAUCAAGAUGUACGACGAGGACCAAUCCAAGCUGGAGAUGUGCUUCGAUACGACUAAUUACCAGGCACAAUUUCCUGAGAAGGUGCCUUUUGAGCAGCAUGUCUUCCAGACCAUUUACCUCAACAAUGACCGCGAUUCCAAGCUAUGGCCAAUCGAUGAGAUCGACAAGUCGAAAAUCAUCCGCAAGGACUGGUGGCAUCAGCUUUGCCAUUCUUGGACGCAUUACGUGUUGCUCGUACCAUGGAUGAUGUUCCUCCAAGGAAAGAGAAACAUUCGCUUCGCGGGUUCCUGGACUCUUGUCAACGCUCACGAAGUCGCCAUCCUAUCCGGCAUCGCCGCUGCCGUUGACCUUGGCGCCGAAUAUCCUGAAGAUCUUGAGCAUGACAAGUUUGCACUUCUCAGCUUCAGGCUGUACUAUCUACUGGCUUACGGGAAGUGGUACCGCAAGAGGCACGCGAACAGUAAAAGUGAGAAGGCCAAAGCUGGUCAGAGUUGGGCCAAUGGCAUCUAUGGGAGUGAUUACCAGGGUCCUGGUUUGUCCAAGCAAGAGCGUCUCACCUGGAGGGAAGACAUGAAGACAGGACUGAGCACUGACAACCUUGCUUUUGGUCCGAACAAAGAUGGCAGAAGCCAGCCAUGA